AUGGCAGGUAGCCUGAAUGUGUCAGCCCCCGAUGUAAUAAGGUUGAUAUUGCAAUAUUUGAAGGAGAAUAACCUGAUAAGAUCCUUUUAUGUACUCCAAGAGGAGAGUAAUAUAAAAUUAAACGCAGUAAGCAAUGUAGAUGUGUUGAUUAGCGAUAUAAAUAAAGGAGAUUGGAAAAAUGUAUUGUUCAAUAUAACUACAAUUGAUUUGUCUGAUGACACAUUGAUGAAUUUAUAUGAACAGUUAAUAUGUGAAUUAAUAGAAUAUAAAGAAAAAGAGUUGGCUGAAAAGAUUAUGAAUGAGUGCAUAAUAUUUAAAAGGAUGGAAAAGAAAUACUCAGAUAAAUAUAAAAAAUUGGUUGAUCUGAUAAAUAGUAACAAUAUGAAUGAAAGUAAAAGUAUAUUAUAUGAUGGAAUGACAAAGGAAGAAAAAAGGAAUAAUUUAUGUGUUAUGAUAAAUAACGAAAUAACUUCUUGUGCACCUUCAAGAUUGUUAGCAUUACUAGGUAUGGCAUUAAAAUGGCAAAAUUAUCACAAUAUAAUAAAAAGUCAAAAUGGCGAAUUUGAUAUUUUUAAAAAUGUCGAAAAAAAUGAAAUAACAACCAUUGAUGUAUAUCCAGAAAAAAUUAUAAAAAGUAUAAAUUUUGGAGAUGAUUCAAAUGUUGAAUGUUGUAUAUGUGCAUAUAAAAAUGAUUAUUUGAUAACCGGUACCUCAGAUGGGUUUAUUGAAAUAUGGAGUUGGCUAACUGCUCAAUUAAAUAUGGAAUUAAGUUAUCAAAAGGAGAACAAUAUAAUGAUGCAUGAUAAUCCCAUUGUUAGUUUAUGUAUUAGUAAAGAUGAUGAAAUAUUAUUAAGUGCUGAUUCUAAAGGGAUUAUUAAAAUUUGGAAAAUAAAAACAGGAUCGUGUCUAAGAACUAUUAAUGCACAUACGAAUGCAAUUGCUUCAAUUAGUUUUAAUAAAGAUCAAACACAAAUAUUAACAUCUUCUUAUGAUAAUACUGUUAAAAUAUAUGGACUGAAAUCUUUAAAAUGUUUGAAAGAAUUUAGAAAACAUUCAACUGUAGUACAUUCUUCCAUAUAUACAUUAGAUAAUACGAAAAUUAUUUGUGGAACAGAUGAAGGAAAAAUUUAUAUAUAUAAUCAAAAAAAUUGUGAAUGCAUAACAACAUUUUAUGUCUAUUAUAAUAUUAAAGAAAACAUUAUUUUUCCGCCUAUUCAUAAUAUCCUAUUAAUAAGUAAAACAUUAGAUGAACUUAUUUUAGUUUGUUCCAAAUCUCCCUAUUGUUAUAUUAUGAAUUUAAAAGGACAAAUUAUAAAAACCUAUACUAAUGUAAUAGAUAAGGAAGAAGAAAAUCUUGUUAAUUUUAUUUGUGCAUGUAUAUCGCCAAAUUAUAAAUAUGUGUAUUGCUUAGCAGAAAAUCAAAACUUAUAUUGCUUUAAUUAUAACACGACCAAAUUGGAAACUCAAAUCAAAAUUCACGAAAAAGAUUCACUAGGUAUUAUACAUAACAUGAGUCAGAACUUGAUGGCAUCUUGGUCCUUGGAUGGCACACUGAACAUAAUACAGUAA